AUGUUACAGAAGCUUGGUAUCACCAUGAAGUCUGAAGAGAAAGAUUUGAUAGGAAAGGCGCUGAUGAAACGUGUUAUCCAAACAUGGCUUCCUGUAAGCGAUGCUCUCUUGGAAAUGAUGAUAUUCCAUCUUCCGUCUCCAGCCAAGGCCCAAAAAUAUCGCGUAGAGAAUUUGUAUGAAGGUCCAAUGGAUGAUCCAUAUGCUAAUGGUUUGAAGGUCAAAAUCAUGGGAUCCAACUAUGUCAUUGGAGAGAAAAAGGACUCGUACAUUAAGAGUGUACAAAUGACUGCUAUUUGGAUGGGCAAGAAACAAGAGACAGUGGACGACGUGCCUUGUGGAAAUACAGUUGCUAUGGUUGGUCUUGAUCAGUAUAUUACUACAAAUGCAACUCUUACCAAUGAAAAGGAAGUUGAUGCUCAUCCAAUUAGAGCAAUGAAAUUCUCGAUCUCACUUGUUGUGCGCGUCGCUGUCCAGUGUAAGGUUGCUUCGAACCUGCCCAAGCUCGUUGAGGGUUUGAAAUGUUUGGCCAAAUCUGAUCCUAUGGUUGUCUGUACAAUUGAGGAGUCUGGGGAACAUAUCAUUGCUGGUGCUAGAGGACUCCACCUUGAGAUAUGUUGGAAGGAUUUGCAGGAAAAAUUCAUGGGUGGUGCUGAAAUUGUAAAAUCUGAUCUGGUUGUGUCCUUCUGUGAGACUGUUCCAGAGAGGUGUUGUCUCACUGUUAUGAGUAAAUAUCCUAACAAGCACAAUCGACUUUACGUGGAAGCUAGACCCAUGGAAGAGGGUCUUGCCGAGGCCAUUGAUGAUGGAAGUAUUGGUCAAAGGGAUGAUCCAAAGAUUCGUUCCAAGUUUUAUCCGAGGAGUUUUGGUUGGGACAAGGAACUUGCAAAGAAAAUAUGGUGCUUUGUGAUGAAUAGAGUGCCGAACAUACGAGAACUAUGUGUUUGA